GAUUCGCGGCCUUACUCGAGCGCUUUAUGAUGUGUUAUGGAAAUUUAACGAAGAAGAGGAAAUCUAUAAAGAGCGUUGUCGGAAAAAGAUCACCGACUAUCUGAGAAUACAUAUCUCGUUGACGGAUGAAGAAAUCAGUGAUGCCAUUGACAAUGGCGACAUAUUCGAAAGGACCAAGGGAAUUCUUCUUGCGUAUAACGACAGGAAGGCUCUGUUCGAAGACGUCAAAUUGCGACGUGACGAGUUGUUUGAAAUUGAGAAAGUCAUCCGCGAACUGGGAGAGAUGUUCUUAGAUCUUAAUAAUCUGGUGCUCAGUCAGGCUAGUUUAUAUAUUCGUUUUAUGUAUGUUUUGCAUUCUGUUAAAGAGGCUAUGAUGGCCAAGAUCUUAACCUGCAUACUAAUAGUUGCCUUUGUUCUCAUCAUUUUACUUCUUAUACAGUCAAUGUUGUGCCACUUCACCCCGAUAUGUUAA